AUGACGACCGAAAUUGAAAAUGAGCUCGAAACAAUGAGGAUUGACGACAAAGAGUAUCCAAAGGGCUCUAUCAUUCCGCCUCUGUCUGAAGAGGAGCAGAAGAUUCUGGAGGAGGAGAUUAAGAAGCGCACGAAGCCGCCGCCGGGUGUCGCUGAAGCCGUCGACUUCCCCCUUCAUGAUAUUGUUGUGGAGUUGAAGCUUGAUCAGCCGGUUGAAGGCGUCGAGCCCGAAUUUUAUAAUGAGCUCAAGAAAAAAGAGGCGAAAGAGAUUUAUCAUAAGAUGAAGGAUGUUCCCGACGCGAUCGCCCGGAAAUACAUUCCCGACCUCGCGCGGCGAUUUGUCGAAUUUGAGAGGCGCGUGAAACGAAUGGAACGAAUGCUUUGGGCGCUUCCGCGAGAAGAUCGAAGUUUGGAGGAAGAUCGCUUUGAGAUUCUCACAGAGCUUUUGGAUAAGGCGUGCCAGGGAAUGGAAAUUUGGGAGGAGCAUUGCGAAAGAAAAAUUCCGCUUGGCCAUCGCUGCUAUCUCGAAGGUGAGCUCAUCAGCUUGAUCGACGGCAAAUUCGAUUUGAUCGAAAAAAUUUGCAAGGAAUUUGACAAGCUGAAAGGCCAACGAGAAGAGGUCAACAACGAACGAGAUAUGCUUCGAUAUGAAAUUCGCCACUGUGAUCUCAUCUUCACCGAGAUUCAUGAGAAAUUCCUCAAGUCGUAUCUCGACAUGGAAUGGUAA